CCGUCUCCGUGUCAAGCAGCCGGAUUUGCGUGUGUUGCUUUCGUACUUUGCUUUCGUGGGGCAUCUUCGGCGGGUCAAGAGCUCGAGUUCAACUGUGUGCGUGUCGCUUAACGCGCUGAGUUGGCAGGGGCGGCGCUACGUUGUGAUCAACGUGUCCUUUAAAACAAGCGUGUUUUCUUUCACCUCUUGCAGAAACCGGCGAUGACAAAGUUAAUGCAGUGGUUGCUGGGGCUCUCCAUAUUCAUGGCAGUAUGGGCCGCACUUCUAUCGCAAAGGUUAGGCGCCGUGGAGACCCACGUUUGGCUGCUCCCGCUGUACGCCUGCAUUGUCUUUGGGGUGUAUGCUGCUUCAGUAGUCAUCUACAGGGUCCUCACAUUCAACAACUGUGAAGCAGCGGCAGCAGAGCUCAAAAAGCAAAUUGUGGAAGCCAGAGAGGACCUCAAGAAACGGGGCUACAAGUUUGACUGAAGUGCAUGUGAUGUUUGAAGCAAAUUGUAUAUUUUGAUACUGAUAACCUAAUAAGCGUGUGUAUCAACAGACUGCUGCCAUUCCACUCAUCACUCGUGCCUCCCAAUAUUUCCAUCGAUAAGUGUCGCCAAUGUUGCUUUGUUGCGGGUACCGCUGUAAAAUAAAAAGCCUGAUUUUUUUUCUU